AUGUCUCUUGGAUUCAUUGCACUAUUGCCAUUCCUUCUCCAAAUAACGCAAGCGCAGCUGAAAGUCUGCACCGAUGGAGGAGCUGGACCAUGCAUCACUGGGAGAUGUCCGCUGGCUUCGCAACAAUGUAUACAGACCGCACAAGGAGAAGUAUGCUGUGACAACGACAAAAUAGUUGAUGCGACUGCCACCACGACCACAGCUCCUUGCGUGGAUAAGGUGAACCCAAGAACUGGUGUUUCGGAUUGCCCUAAUACAUCAUAUCUAUGCAACAAUGCACUUUACUUCCAACUUAUGACUGAACAGUGCCCGAAAACAUGUAAUCGAUGCCCUGGAACCGCGGUUACCGCACCGACUUCCACAUGCCAGGAUUUCGUCAAUCCUAGGACUGGACAAUCAGACUGCCCUCAGAUGGAGAGCUACUGCAGAAACGCUCUUUACAUGCAAUUAAUGAGAGAACAGUGUCCUAAGACAUGCAAAUAUUGUAAUUAG